AUGCUGGUAGACUCAACAUUGGCGUACAGGGGAUUAGUUCCAGUAAUUAUUGCAUGCAUUGAUCGCUUGUUGGGGUGUGAUAAGCACCACUGGUUAGGGGAUCAUCUUCUUAGUACCCUCGAUAAGCAUCUGCUUCCAAAACUCAAAAAAGGCUACAGCCUAGGUCAUUACUUCCCCUUGUUUGAGAGGAUUUCUGAAAGUGAGAAAGUUUCUCCCAUUCGGCUGAUAAACCUCCUCAUGAGAUUCAUAAUCUUUCUUGUGGAUGAACAUGGCCCUGAUACAGGGUUAAAAUCAUGGCAUUAUGGCAGUAAAACUCUUGCUAUUUGCCGAACAAUGUUGAUUCACCACCAUAGCUCUAGCUUAUUUACUCUGCUAUCUCAUCUCCUUGCAUCUGCUUGUCUUUAUUUUCCUGAUCUGGAGGUCCGAGACAAUGCAAGAUUUUACCUGCGAAUGCUUAUUUGUUUACCAGGGAAGAAGCUCAAAGGCAUACUGAACAUGGGGGAAAGUCUGCUUGGAAUAUCCCCAUCUACUCAUUCUGGUGCAUUCUUUAGUUUUCAGUCUCCUCAAGCUUUACCUGGGCUUAAAAUGCCAAGCAGUAUCGCUUCUUAUAUCCAUGUCGAACGUCUGAUGCCUUUAUUGGUAAACCAGUCAUGGUCCCUGUCUCUGCCAAAUUUUGACAUCAAUCCUCACAGACCUGGUUUCUUUGAGGGCAUCAGGGACAGUGAACCAGCUGACAAGGAAAGGGACUCUGAAGUUAGUACGAGUGGCGGUAUUAUUUCAGCAAGUGAUCAACAGAAAGAGCCUCUACGUGUUAUGGAUGCAAAAGUUUCAGAAAUUGUCAGGGAACUAAGAAGACAUUUUGCAUUUAUUCCUGAUUAUAGACAUAUGCCAGGGAUUACGAUCAAGAUUUGGUGUAGUCUGAGGUUCGAUUCAGAGGCUUUCAGUGCUGCAAUGGAAGUCAGUAAUGUGAUGGACAAACUUCCUGGGCUAUACGCUACAGUCCUCAAAUUCACAUCCUCCGCUCCAUAUGGGCUUAUCAAGCCAUAUCAUAUUCCUUUCCUUCUCGGCUCGCCUCCUAAAAACGUUAAACCCAUGAGCGAAAGUGACUCAUCAUCAUUAGCUAUUGCUCCGGUGGAAAAUGGUCACGUGGAAGAGGAAAAUUUCAAAGCUCCUCUAUGUAUAGAAUUAGAGCCACGAGAGCCCGUGCCUGGUCUGGUUGACAUUUUUAUUGAAACUAAUGCAGACAAUGGUCAGGUAAUUAAGGAGCAGCUCCAGAAUAUCUCUGUGGGGAUUGAAGAUAUGUUUUUGAGAGUCAUUCCUCCAGAUGAUAUAGCAGAGGGUGAUCUGCCGAGUUAUUAUGUGCACCUAUUCGAUGCAUUAUGGGAGGCCUGCGAGACAUCAUCUACCACAGGUAGAGAAACCUUUGUUUUGAAGGGAGGAAAAGGAGUUGCUGCAAUAAGUGGGACUCGGUCGGUCAAACUUGUCGAAAUUCCUUUGACAUCCUUGGUUCAAGCCGUUGAGUGCCACCUGGCACCUUUUGUUGUUUGUGUUAUCGGUCAAACACUUGUGGAUAUGGUGAAAGCUGGGGGUGUGAUCAAGGAUGCCGUGUGGAAGGAUUUCGGUUCGGAUUCAUUGUUUGACGUAACAUGUUCACCGACUAGUUCCUCAGCGCCGCUUUAUCUCAAGUACUUUGGCGAUGAAGACUACGGAGGGGAUCAAAUCCCGACUAGUCAGAAAAAUAUUGGGUACUUCCAAAUUUUGAUAUUUCUUCCACCGAGAUUUCAUCUUCUUUUCCAAAUGGAGGUUCGUGAAUUUUCAACUCUGGUUCGGAUUAGAACGGAUCAUUGGCCGUGCUUAGCUUAUGUGGAUGACUAUUUGGAAGCAUUGUUUACGGGCUGCUGA